GUUUCUUUUUGCUCUACAUAGCCAUAUUUUCAUAUUUCCAAGUUUUUACCUUCCCAAUUACACAAUGAAGCUCUCCAUUGCCAUCCUUACUGCCUUCCUUGGCUUUUCCAUGGCGGUUGCCGUGCCUAAUACUAAGGAUGUCUCUGAGCAAGCUGUUCCCAACAGCAAACUUUCCCUUGUUACGAGAGAUGUCUCUUGUCCUUCGAAUAAGCCACAAAACUGCUGCCCUUGUUCCGGCGGCCGCGGAACUUGCAUCAACUACCGUUGCGUUUGCCAAGGCUGUUAGUAAACAGGUACUAGUGACCACUGAGACACUUUUUAAGAAAGAAAAGGCAGCCGGGUAUGCUGAGUUUCGAGAGUAAACCUCAGAUUGUUAUUUCCUAUGCUUCGUUUCUAUUUGGUGAUUGUGGCAAAUCCAUGUUCCUAGUGUCUUACCUAAAGGUCUCUAAGAUAAGGUGGAAUCAAUUCAAU